AUGGCGCAGAUGAUAGCCAAGGGCGUGACGGCAAAAUCUGCAGCGACGGAUACUGAACCGGUGGAACAUGAAGCGGUUGGAAAAGCAGCGGCACCGGACGAGACGGUGUCUGGAGAGGUGGGAUUGCCUGCGUCGUCGCGUUACAGAGCGAAAAGUAAUAUGGCGGCACGUGGAACGAAUUGGAUGGGAUUAUCGUGUCUUUGGCUUGGACGGGAUCAAUCAUCGCACGUUAGGGACACUGAAGCCGGUCGUGGCCAGUUCCAAGGCAAUGGUUGCAAGUGUUGCGAGCGACAUGCCUCUACACUAGCUCAAAGCCCGACGAAUGGCGCGUCGUGGAUCUCUCUGGCGAUCGCUUUCGAGAAUUUGUUUUUCGGAUGCAAAGGAGGGGACGCAUACCAAAAAUCUUGGGGUUGA